AUCAACUGUAUGGUCUGAACCUGAAGUAGUUGAAAGUGCUGCUCAGGAAUUUGUCGAUACUGAAAAAUUUAUUGAAACUGGGGAAAAACUUCUUACUCCUUAUGAAUGGAAAAAAUACGACCUUUUGGUUCUUCCUGCAUCGUUUCCCUAUGGAGGAAUGGAAAAUCCUUGUCUAACUUUUGUUACUCCUACAUUAUUGGCUGGUGAUAGAUCGCUUGUAGAUGUUGUAGCGCAUGAAAUUUCUCAUAGUUGGAUGGGAAAUCUUGUUACAACCUCGAAUUGGGAACAUUUUUGGCUUAACGAAGGCUGGACUGUAUUCAUUGAACGAAAGAUUAUGGGUCGUUUGCAUGGUGAAAAAGCAAGCGAAUUUGAUGCAAUUAUUGGAUGGAGAGCGUUGAAAGAAGAUAUUGACCUUUUUGGUCAAAAUAAUGACUUGACAGCAUUGACUCCUAAAUUGAAAGAUGUAGAUCCUGAUGAUAGCUUUUCUUCGGUUCCAUAUGAAAAAGGUUUCAAUUUUCUUUAUCACAUCCAAAAAGUCGUUGGUGGACCUCAGAAUUUUGAACCUUAUAUGAAAGCUCAUGUUCAAGAAUUUGCCGGUAAAUCAAUUACUACUGAUGAUUGGAAGAAAUUUUUAUAUUCAUUUGUGGAGAAAAACUUUCCUGAUAAAAGGGCUAAGUUGGAUGAGAUUCAAUGGGAUGCUUGGUUACACGCCCCUGGAAUGCCUCCAGUAGAAAAUGAAUUUGAUCAAACACUUGCAAAAGCGUGCUCUGAAUUGGCUGAAAGAUGGAAUCGUGCCCGAGAUAAUACAGUUUUUGAUGGAUUUUCACCUUCUGAUAUUGAAAAUUUUACUCCUGGGCAAAAAAUGGUUUUUUUGGAACGUCUAUACGACCAUUCACCUCUACCGUGCCCAGUUAUUGAAGCAUUAAAUAAAUUUUAUUGUUUCAUGGAUGUUCGCAAUUCUGAAAUCCGAUUUAGGUGGCAACAAGUCUGUUUAAGAUCAGAAUAUGACCCCAUUUUUCCUCACGUGGUCAAAUUUGUAACUGAGCAGGGUAGAAUGAAAUAUGUCAGGCCUUUGUAUAGAUUAUUGAAUCAAACAAAGAAUGGUUCUGAUUUGGCAAAGAAAACUUUUAAAGAAAAUAGGUCAUUUUAUCAUCCUAUUGCGGCAGCAAUGAUAGCAAAAGACAUUUUAAAGGAGUGUUAA